AUCAACUCAAUGCUUCGGAAAGUAUUGUCUUCGUUGAAUCAAUCAUCUGUAUCUUUCCAGAUCCUUUCUGGCCUCCAUCUGGAGAUUCCCGCCUGCGCAGAGCAUCUUAUCCUCGCGGGCGAUAUCGGACGCUUAACGGACUAUGAAGAUUACCGCAACUUCUUACAGAAACUGACUGAUCGAUUCAAGUUGGUGUUUCUCGCACUCGGGAAUUAUGAGCUUUAUAAUGGGACGUUUGAAACGGGAAUAGAAAGAGCAAAACGCCUUGGGCAGGAUCCUGCACUUACUGGACGGCUGAUCGUCCAUCAGAAACGAUACGAUGUCCCAGACUGGUCAGUUGAUGACCAUAAUGCACGCCAUGCAGCAGGGAAGCGCAGUAGGCAACGGUCUCUCCUUGUUGUGACGCACCAUGCGCCUUUGCUUCAGGGGACCUCUAGCCCCAAGCAUGCUCAGAGUCCUUGGAGUGUUGCCUUUGCAACUGGAGUGAAAGUCUGGGUGUUUGGACAUACCCAUUACACUACUGAUUUCAUCGAGAAGGGGGUAAGAGUCGUGAGCAAUCAACGGGGUAAUGUGCUGCCUUGGAGUUAUCCGAAAGCACAGAGCGGGUUUGAUGUGAGGAAGCCCAUCAUGCGGAUAAGUCCCAUCGUCAUCAUCUCAUCAUUAACGCCACUUUUGGACCAUAUAUCAUACCGGGCCCGUGCCCCAUAUACAACCACCACCAUGACCUCAAGAGAUUCGAAUCCCGUCUCGCGCCUUGCGGAAGCUGCCAAGGAGAAGGUUGCGCCCAGUACCUCCAAAGCCAAGGAUCCCAGUGCAAACUGGACCCCGGAGGAGAUGUUUGAAACAACAUUGGAUAGGAACGGCAACCCAGUGCCCAAUGAUUCCUAUAUUGACGUGGAAAAUAUGAGAAAAGGACGACAAGGCCCGGACGAAGGAGAUGUCUUUGCGGCCGCAAAUGAGGACUUCGACUAA